AUGAAUGUGUCUGAGGAGAGAGAGGAGGGAGGUCCUCCCUCUAAAACCACUCUGUCUGGGGAACAUGACAGCCAGACCAAAGCUAAGAGCCCAGUCCAGCAGGAGAGACCAGACUCCCCUGUACCCAGCUGUGUGUCCAUGAAGAGUUACCACUCUAUGGAUCCCCCUAUUUCUUUCCAAGAUGGACACCACUCUACUGAACAGAGGAUCCAUCAGGAGAGACCAGACUCCCCUGUACCCAGCUGUGUGUCCAUCAAGAGUGACCAGUCUAUGGGGAUACCUAUUACAUUCAAAGAUGGACACCACUCUACCGAACAGAGAGACCACCAGGAGAGGUCAGAGGUUCUCAGUGGUCAGUCUGUCCAGGAGCAUCAAACAGACCUGGACUCCACAGAAACCCUUGUUCCCUUGUGCCUGAGUAACCUCAAAGCAGCUCUGAAGAAGAAGUUUCAGUGUUUGUUUGAGGGUGUUGCUAAACCAGGAGAGUCAACACUUCUGAAUCAGAUCUACACAGAGCUCUACAUCGCAGAGGGAGGGAGUGGAGAGGUCAAUAAUGAACAUGAGGUCAGACAGAUUGAAACAGCAUCCAGGAAACCAGCGAGACCAGAAACACCGAUCAAAUGUGAAGACAUCUUUAAACCCUUACCUGGACAAGAUAAACCAAUCAGAACAUUGAUGACAAGGGGAGUGGCUGGCAUCGGGAAAACAGUCUUAACACAGAAGUUCACUCUGGACUGGGCUGAAGACAAAACCAACCACAAUAUACACUUCACAUUUCCAUUCACGUUCAGAGAGCUGAAUGUGCUGAAAGAUAAAAAGUUCAGCUUGGUGGGACUUCUUCAUCACUUCUUUAUUGAAACCAAAGAAGCAGAAAUCUGCAGCUUUGACGAGUUCCAAGUUGUGCUCAUCUUUGAUGGUCUGGAUGAGUGUCGACUUCCUCUGGACUUCCAGAACAAUGAGAUCUGGACUGAUGUCACAAAGUCCACCUCAGUGGACGUGCUGCUGACAAACCUCAUCAAGGGGAAACUGCUUCCCUCUGCUCGCCUCUGGAUAACCACACGACCUGCAGCAGCCAACCAGAUCCCUCCUGAGUCGGUUGACAUGGUAACGGAGGUGAGAGGGUUCACUGAUCCACAGAAGGAGGAGUACUUCAGGAAGAGAUUCAGAGAUGAGGAGCAGGCCAGAAGAAUCAUCUCACACAUCAAGACAUCACGAAGCCUCCACAUCAUGUGUCACAUCCCAGUCUUCUGUUGGAUCACUGCUACAGUUCAGGAUCACGUGUUGAGAACAGAUGAGAGAGGAGAGAUGCCCAAGACCCUGACUGAGAUGUACAUCCACUUCCUGGUGGUUCAAUCCAUCCAGGGGAAUGUGAAGUAUCAUGGGAGAUCUGAGACAGAGCCACACUGGAAUACAGACAGCAGGAAGAUGAUUGAGUCUCUGGGAAAACUGGCCUUUGAACAGCUGGAGAAAGGCAACCUGAUCUUCUAUGAAGCAGACCUGACAGAGUGUGGCAUUGAUAUCAGAGCAGCCUCAGUAUAUUCAGGAGUGUUCACACAGAUCUUUAAAGAGGAGUGUGGGCUGUACCAGGACAAGGUCUUCUGCUUUGUCCAUCUGAGUAUUCAAGAGGUUCUGGCUGCUCUUUAUGUCUUUCUCUCAUUCAUCAACACUGGAGUCAAUCUGCUGUCAGCAACACAGUCAAAGUCCUGCAGGUCUAAACAACUUGGAGACAAACGUAAAAAAACAGACCUCUACCAGACAGCAGUGGACAAGGCCUUAGAGUCAAACGGACAUCUGGACUUGUUCCUGCGCUUCCUCCUGGGCCUCUCACUGGAACCCAAUCAGAAUCUCCUACAAGGCCUGCUGGGCAAGACAGGAAGUAAGUCAAAGACCAACCAGAAAACAGUCCUGUACAUCCAGGAGAAGAUCAGGGGGGCUCUCUCUCCAGAGAGAAGCAUCAAUCUGUUCCACUGUCUGAAUGAACUGAAUGACCAUUCUCUAGUGGAGGAGAUCCAGCAGUACCUGACAUCAGGAAGACUCUCCACAGACCGACUCUCUCCUGCUCAGUGGUCAGCUCUGGUCUUCAUCUUACUGUCUUCAGAAGAGGAGCUGGACGUGUUUGACCUGAAGAAAUACUCUGCUUCAAAGAAGGGUCUUCUGAGGCUGCUGCCAGUGGUCAAAGCCUCCAAGACAGCUCUGUUGAGUUCCUGUAAUCUGUCAGAGAGAAGCUGUGAAGUUGUGUCCUCAGUUCUCAGCUCUAACUCCUCUAGUUUGAGAGAGCUGGACCUGAGUAACAAUGAUCUGCAGGAUUCAGGAGUGAAGCUGCUCUCUGCUGGACUGGGGAGUCCACAAUGUAGACUGGAAACUCUCAGGUUGAGUUCCUGUAAUCUGUCAGACAGAAGCUGUGAAGUUGUGUCCUCAGUUCUCAGCUCCAACUCCUCUAGUGUGAGAGAGCUGGACCUGAGUAACAAUGAUCUGCAGGAUUCAGGAGUGAAGCUGCUCUCUGCUGGACUGGGGAGUCCACAAUGUAGACUGGAAACUCUCAGGCUGUCGGGCUGUUUGGUCACAGAGGAAGGUUGUUCCUCUCUGCUCUCAGCUCUGAGCUCCAACCCCUCCCAUCUGAGAGAGCUGGACCUGAGCUACAACCAGCCAGGAGACUCAGGAGGGAAGCUGCUCUCUGCUGGACUGGAGGAUCCACACUGGAGACUGGACACUCUCAGGCUGGACCAUGCUGGAGUGUGCAGGUUGACACCAGGUGUGAGGAAGUAUGCCUGUGAACUCACACUGGACCCAAACACAGCACACAGAUGCCUCCUUCUGCCUGAGGACAACAGAAAGGUGACACUGGUGAGAGAGGAGCAGUCGUAUACUGAUCAUCCAGACAGAUUUGACUCCUGUAGACAGGUUCUAUGUAGAGAGAGUCUGUCUGACCGCUGUUACAUGGAGGUAAAGUGGGAAGGAGUGGUUAUUAUAGAAGUGACUUACAGAGGAAUCAGAAGGAGAGGAGGAGGUGAUGACUGUCUGCUUGGAUAUAAUGAAAAGUCCUGGAAUCUGGCCUGCCGUAGUGAUAGAUACAAUGUCUGUCAUAAUAAUAGAGUAACAGAGAUACGUAUCUCCCCCUCCUCCUCUGACAGAGUAGGAGUGUAUCUGGACUGGUCUGCUGGAACUCUGUCCUUCUACAGAGUCUCCUCUGAGACACUGAUACACCUCCACACCUUCACAUCCACAUUCACUGAACCUCUCCAUGUUGGGUUUAGGUUUGUGUCACGUGGCUCCUCAGUGUGUGUGUGUGUUAGAUAG